AUGCAAUCUGGGUUGUGGAUUGACGCGUGCUUUCGCAAGCCUUCCAGCGUGACCCGGGUCUGCGUGAGGCUGUGUUCGCACAAGUCCAGGUGGUUCCUGAGAAAGUUAUCCGCUCCAAAGCCGCCCGCUUUUACGCACCGGGAUGACGAAAGAGAAAAGUCCGGCCAGCAGGAAGACCUCAAGAUGGAAAGCCGAAAGUCUCCUUUGAAAACCCCUCAGAAGAUUUCUUUGCUGUCUUCCCCGCUGCGAGCCGUGGUUCGUCUUCGGAGGACAGCCCACGUGCUGAAAAAAGGCUUCUUGCCCGGAGACAGAGUUCUCCAGAGGCAACUUUCCUUGGGGAAAGGCAAAUUGAGCAGCGUCUCCAACCAAGCCUCUUUAAACAAUUCCCAGUAUUUCACGUUCGACACCUCCAGCCCGGUCCCGGUGAACAAACCCAAACGCCGUAAAAAGAAGUUGAGGAACCCCCGGGUGCUGUACCCCGAAAGCUCAAGGAAAUACCUGCCCACUGAGCACACCAGCAAAGCCACCCGGUUCCUCCUCUUGUUCGUGGCCAUCAUCUGCUUCCAGAUCCUCAACGCCAUCGAGAACUUGGAUGAUAACCUCAUGAAGUACGACCUGGACGGCUUGGAGAAGACCAUGGCUCGGGAAGUUUUUGGGCAGCCCUUGGUCAUCGAAAGGGUCAUGGGGUUGCUGAAGGAUUACCUGGCCACCCACGUCCACAACAAACCCUUGGUGAUCUCCUUCAACGGUCCAAGUGGGGUUGGGAAGAGUCACAUCGGCUGGCUUCUAGCCAAGCAUUUCCGGUCCGUGAUGGGAUCCCAUUCUGUGCUCCAUUACUUCACAGUGCACCACUGCCCCAACGACACCUCGGUCUCCACCUGCCAACUGGAGCUAUCGGAGACCAUCGGAGACAUGGUGGUCCAAGCUGAAAUGGAAGAAGUAAUCCCGGUCUUUAUUCUGGACGAGGUGGAAUUCAUGCCCGACAUUCUGCUGGAGACCCUGGGUGGCUUCUUCCAAAAGAACCAAACCAACGAAUACCUCAACGCUGUCUACAUUCUCAUCAGCAACCUGGGAGGCGAGGAGAUCACCCAUCACUUUCUCCAGAACGUCUCCAAUGACUCGUUGCAGCCUGAGAUGGAAGCGCUCCAGUCCGCUCUUCGACCCGUCCUGAGUCACCUCCACCCUUUCUGGAGAGGGGUGGAGAUCGUUCCCUUCGGGUUGCUGGAGAAAGUCCACAUCCUGAGCUGCUUCUACGAGGAGAUGAUGAGCGAAGGGAUUUACCCAAACGCCAGCCACAUCGAACGCUUGGCUGCUCAGCUCAGCUACUACAAAAAGGCAGGGAAGGAAUUUGGAAGAACUGGUUGCAAACAGGUGGUAGCUAAAGUCAAUCUCCUAUGAGAACAGAAACAGCUAGUCCCCGACUUAUAACAGCUCAUUUAGUGGCUGUUCAAAGUUAGAAGAGCACCGAAAAAAGCAUCUUACGACCGUUUUUUCACACUUACGACGGUCAGGCACCCCCAUGGU